AUGUCAUCAUUUCGAAAACCGCGAACAGCUAUCCAUUUAAGUUUCGUCACAUUAGUGAUCAUCUUUGGGAUGCAUGCACACGAAUUGAUUUAUUAUACAAUUAUUAAACAGAACUCACAGUGUAUCAUCAGUUACAAACAACAAUUUAUAUCCACAUAUGAUCGUGUUAAUGCGGUUAUGCAUUAUAUAGUUCCAUUUAUUAUACAAACAAUGUCAAUCACUUUUCUCAUCGUUCAAACAGCGAAAAGCCGUGUACGUACAUCAAACAAUGCAUUAUCACUCACUAAAACAUUUAAAAGGCAGUUUUAUCAAAAUAAAGAACAGUAUUUAACACCAAUUAUUAUCAUUCUCUGCGCAUUACCACAACUGGUCAUCUCGUUCAGUCUUUCCUGUACGCCAUUGACUGAAACGACAUGGAAACGAGUAUCACUCCUUAUUACUUAUUUAUUAUCAUUUGUACCUCAAUUACUAGGAUUUAUUCUGUAUGUUUUACCAUCAACAUCAUACAAGCAAGAAUUUAAAAAAACAGCGAUUGCCAAAUCACGAUUAUUUAAAUGUCUUCUUUUUAAAUCAACACCACAACAAGGACAAAAUAUUCGAGCCAUUAUAAAAUAA